GAUUUGUGUCCCAUUAAGAACCCAUCAGCUCUCACCAUGCCAGCGGACCUCGUUUUCAUCACCGGUGGUACGGGUUUCAUCGGUUGCCAUGUCAUCAAGGAGGUUCUUGAAGCUGGUCAUCGUGCUCGCCUGAGUGUGCGGAGGGAGUCAGCCAUCCAAGACAUGAAGGACCUCUUUCCAAAACACGUUGACCAGCUCGAGUUCAUCGUCAUUUCUGAUAUCACGAAAAGCGAUUCCUUCCACAGUGCACUAAACGGCGUCCGUUAUAUUUUGCACCUGGCAUCCCCGAUUCCUGGCGCUAACUCCGACUUCAAACGUGACUACGAAGAGCCUGCCGUCAGAGGCACGGUCGCAAUCCUCGAAGCAGCACAACAAGCGCCGUCAGUGAAGCGUGUUGUGAUUACAUCUUCCGCCAAUGUAUUCAUGCCGUUGGACUGGGUAGCACAGCAACUCCCAGAGGUCACGCCGGGUACUUCCCACGACAUUGAUCUCAACUUGGAGUCCAUGGCUCCGCCUAUGCACCCUAUGAUCAUGUACCACGCGUCCAAGGUCCUAGCGCACAGGGCGUGCCUCGACUGGGCCAACGCGUACGCCUCCCUGCACUUCGACAUCGUCACCACGCAUCCAGCGCUGUCGAUCGGCAAGCAUCUGUUGCAAGUACCUGCCUCGUCUGGCUCCAGCAAUGGCGUGCUGUGGAUGUCUCUGUUCACGCAAAAAGUGUCGUUCCCGAUUCUCGGGGUCGACGUGCGGGACGUUGCGCUUGCGCACUUGCGCGUUCUGGACGCGGCGCUGCAGGCUGGUGUGAACGAGUUUCUUCUCGGCUCGCCGGAAUGGUCGUGGGAGGUGGUGUUGGAUUUCAUCAAGAGAGAGUAUCCCGGUCUCGGGGUGAGAGUCAAGGGACCCCUUCCUGACCCAAUCAAGCCGCGUUCAGAAAGAACAGAAGAGCUGUUGAAGAUUCAGUGGACAGCUGUGGAGGACUCUGUAAGGGAACUUGUAGAUCAGCAGAUUGAACUUGGACAAGAUCUUGUGUUACCGAGCGUAGAAGAGAGCGCUACAGAACAGAUCUAUACUUACUAAGCUUAGUUUAUUUAGUAGAUAGAGACUAAAUCCUACUUCACUUGCUUCAUGCGCCACAUCGCAAUGUUUUCAUACAAUUAGUUCACUACAACCGUUAGCCACUUAUGUAAGCCCCAACAACUGUGGAAC